UGCAGCGGCGGCCACUGCGCGGCACACGCCGGCCUGGCCCAGAAGAGCAGCCUGUCGAAGCAGUGCGUCAGAGGACGGGGUCACGCGAUGGUGAUGUGACAUUAUGGUGCUGACGUGGUGACAGUGUGCUGGUGACGGUCCGGUCUGGUGGUGUUUGAACCGACGGCCCGGCGACACGCCACUCGACACCGGGAGAGGAUGGCCGUGGCGGCUUAUGUGCUUCUGGCCCACGUCCUGUCGUUCGCCGCCGCCGUCGGUUCAAACAUUACUGGACUUCACAUCCGGUAUUUGACACAUCCGCCCGAGUUCAUCGAGCGUCCGCGCGACCAGAAGGUGCCGUACAGCGAGGCGGCGGCCUUCUUCUGCCGGGCACGCGGCGAUCCGCCGCCGCUCAUCAAGUGGUGGCGCAACGGCGAGCCGCUGCUGCCCAACUUGCUGGUGGAGUUUCCACAGGGCAAGGGCUUCUGGGUGGAGCCUGUGCGCACCAUUACCGACGAGGGCGACUACGAGUGCGUGGCCGAGAACGGCGUUGGCGAUCCGGUGCGCGCCAAGGCCACGCUGACCGUGAUUGGAGGUGACAUGGUCAUCAAGGACUCGGUGAAGUCUGACGAGGGCAAGUACCGCUGCGCCGCUGAGAACGACGAGGGCACCGUCUACUCGAAGGACGCCACCGUUUACAUCAGAGUGCGCCGCGUGAAGCCGUCGUUCACCAUCCCGCCGGACCCGGUGUACGAAGUGCUGCCCGGCGAGGACCUGAACCUCACCUGCGUGGCCGUCGGCUCGCCCAUGCCCCACAUCCGGUGGCGUAAGGAGCCGGGCAUCGAGCUGAGGCCGCAGGAGCCGGCCCCGAUCGGCCGCUCGUUCCUCGUGCUCAGCAACGUGCGUCAGUCCAACAACUACACGUGCGUGGCCACUAGCGAGCUCGGCUCGGUGGCCAGCAUGACGCAGGUCAACGUGCAAGCGCUGCCCCGGCCGCCGACAAACCUACGCGUGUCGGACGUCACCUCAGAGUCGGUCCGCCUCUCGUGGUCGUACGACCUCGACCAGGAGACCAUCCAGUACUACGUCAUCCAGUACAGCCAGAAGUACGGCGUGCAGCAGGAGGAGAUCAGCGGCGUGAUAUCGCUCUACUACGCGGUGCCCAACCUGGCGCCGUUCACCGAGUACGAGUUCCGCGUGAUCGCUGUCAACAACAUCGGUCGCGGCCGGCCCAGCGCGCCCGUCCAGGUCACCACGGGCCCGACAGCCUCCAGAGGUUCCCAGCCCGGAUCGGCGCCCAAGAACGUGCACGUGCGGCCACUGAGCUCCAGCACGCUGGUUGUCAUGUGGGACGGCCCCGACCAGCCCAACGGCCAGAUCACCAACUACAAGGUCUACUUCACGAUGACGCCGGGCUUGCCGCUAAAGCAGUGGGAAUCGGAGGUGGUGAACGCCGGCGGCGGCACUCUCACCACCAUCUCUGGCCUGGUCCCGCACGAGAUCUACACGUUUCGCGUGCAGGCCGAGACGCUGGCCGGGCCCGGGCCCAUUUCGGUGCCGGUGCGCGCCAAGACGCAACAGGGCGUGCCCAGCCAGCCAAACGGCCUGGACGUCGUGGAGAAGGACGCCACGACGGCUGUCCUCAGCUGGGAGCGGCCCGUGCACUCCAGCGAGAGCAUCAUCAACUACGUCGUCUACUACAACGACACGUAUGAGAAGGUGGAGCGGCGCAUGGUGGUGCCGCUGGACGAGCGCUACGAGAUGAAGGACCUGUACCCGAACACGCUGUACUACGUGUGGGUGGCGGCCGUCUCUGGCAGAGGCGAGGGUGCUGCCACGCCGGCCAUCCCGUUCCGCACCGAGGAGUACGUGCCGGGCGGGGCGCCGCGGGCGGUGCGCGUGCACGCGCUGGAUUCGCGUUCGCUGCUGGUCUCCUGGCUGCCGCCGCCGGCGGACCUGCAGAACGGUGCCAUCCGCUACUACAAGAUCUUCUUCAAGCGCUCGGGCCAGAACGACUCAGACGCGGUCGAGAUCAAGCUGAAAGACCCGUCGCAGCGCAACUUCACGGUGGACGAGCUGCGCAAGUACACCGAGUAUUCCAUCAGUGUGCUGGCCGGCACGCUGGUGGGCGACGGGCCGCAGAGCCACCCGGUCCUGGCACGCACCGAAGAGGACGCCCGCAUGCCGGGCAAGCCGCGCAACCUGACCGCACGCGUGCUGAACUCGACGGCUGUCCGGCUCACCUGGUCGCCACCCAGGGACCACGAGCGCAACGGUCUCAUCCUCGGGUACCAGGUCCACGUGCAAGAGUUGGGCACGGAGGGCAACAGCCGCUCGUCCCGGCCGCGACGCUACGAGAUCCGCGACGGCGAGGCGGCCGGCUACACGGCGGCUGACCUGCAGCCCAGCACCUCCUACCUGUUUCGGGUGUCGGCACUCACUCGCAAGGGGGACGGCUCGCGCAGCGACGCGGCGCGCGCCACCACACAGGGCGGCGUGCCCAACCGGCCCGACGUGCUCAUCAAAGUGAUCAAGGAGGAGGAGCGGGUGACGCUGGACGUGGAGUGGUCUCGCCCGACCGAGACGCACGGUGUGUUACUCGGCUACCGGCGGCGCUACGGCCGGGCGGGCGACGCCGCCAGGCUGAGGGAGGUCACCAUCGCCGGAAACACGACCCAGUACAAACGACUCAGCGGCCUGGAACGUGGCGUCGAGUACGAGUUCCGUGUGAGCGGCCGGAACGACGUCGGCCACGGCCAGGAGCAGAUCGUCACGUACAACACGAGCGAGGGCGCGCCGUCCGGCCCCGUCACAAACGUCACGUUCAGAUUCCAGACGACCGAUCGGGUGGCUUUCACCUGGGAUCCGCCGCGAUCGGACCAGCGAAACGGCAAGAUCACCGGCUACAGUGUGCAGUUCCACAAGAAGGGCAACCUUGACCACGUGGAGCGGAUGCACCCCAACGACACCAAGGUGGUGUUCGCCAAGCUGGAGGAGAACACGGCGUACGUGUUCCGGGCGCGCGCCAACACGUCGGUGGGCGCCGGGCCGUGGAGUGCGCCCGUCUCGGUCAGCACCGAGAGUGACCUGGUGCGGCCGCCCAUCAACCUGCGCGCCAUGGCCACCAGCUUCUCAAGCGUCGAGGUCUGGUGGGAGCAGGUGCACACCGCCACACAGAUCGUCGGAUACCAGGUGUUCUACGCCAUGGCGCCCGAGACGGACCUAGACGCCUGGUCAUUCAAGAAGGUACCGAUCACCACGUCUGCUGAGCUGGAGAACCUGGACAAGCACGCGCAGUACGCCAUCAUGGUGGCCGCUCGCAGCAAGUCGGGCCUGGGCCGUCUCUCGGACCUGAUCCGCGUGCGGGUCAAGCCAAUCGACGUGCCGUUGAACCUGCACGCGCCCAGCGUGCACACACACGGCAUGUCGCUGACGUGGGGCCGGCCGGCACACCUGGACCCGCGCAACUACCGCAUCCGCUACGACGCCGUCAAGGAGUUCCUCGACGCCGAGGGCGUGACGCAGUCGCAGCGCAUCGAGCCGCGCGCGCUGAUCCUGGACGCCAAGCGGUGCGAAAAGACGAGCGUCUGCCGCAAGCAAAUCGAGGACCUGGAGCCGUUCACCACGUACACGGUGAACGUGACGGCCGUGCCCGACGACAACGGCUACCGCGCGCCGGCCAAGAUCCGCGUCACCACCCAGAUGGCCGCGCCGCAGCCGAUGGUGAAGCCUGACCCACUGGGCGUGCGGAACAAGAAGGUGAUGGUGAUCCUGCCGCGCGCCUCGGAGGAGUACGGCCCCAUCUCGCACUACUUCAUCGUGGUGGUACCCGAACACGACGUCAAAGAGCAUCCGGACUCGCACAGCACAAAGAAGAUGGUGGAGGCGAAGCGCUCCAAGGUGAUGCCCAACUACCGGCCGUACAUCACCGCCAAGUUUUACCAGCGCGACAUCCCAUACACCUUCGCGCUCGGGGACGGCCGCGAGUACGACGGCUUCGUCAACAAGCCGCUGGAGAAGGGCAAGAAGUACCGCAUCUUCGUGCGUGCCGUCGUGGACACGCCGGCGGAGGACCUGUUCACGUCCAGUCCGUAUUCGGAGCUACUCAGUCUGGACAUGAAGCGGCUGCGGGCGGGCGCGCUGCCGCAGCGGCCCAACCCCAGCCAGCCGGGCGAUCAGGUGAAGGUGGCGCCGGACACCUCGCGCUCCUCGUCCAGCCUGGUCUGGGUGGUGGGCCCAGUGGCCGUCGGUCUGGUGCUGCUCAUCAUCCUGGUGCUGUACAUCGUCAUCGCCGCCAGGAGGCGGCGUCAGUUCCAGAAGUCACCCGAGCCGGCCACCGUGAUGAAGCCGCUGAUGUGUGACAUGGCGGCGCCGGCCAGCCACGCGCAGACCGACCCGGUCGAGAUCCGGCGCCAGAACUUCCAGACGCCCGGCAUGAUGUCGCACCCACCCGUACACGUUAGCCAGCUGGCCGACCACGUGGAGGCGCUCAAGGCCAACGACAACAGCAAGUUCUCGCAGGAAUACGAGUCGAUCGAGCCGGGCCAGCAGUUCACCUGGGUCAACUCCAACCUGGACGUGAACCGGCCCAAGAACCGAUACGCCAACGUCAUAGCGUACGACCACUCGCGCGUGGUGCUGCAGUCGGAGGAGGGGCUGGCGGGCAGCGACUACAUCAACGCCAACUUCUGCGACGGCUACCGCAAGCACAACGCCUACAUCGCCACCCAGGGCCCGCUGCCGGAAACGUUCUCCGACUUCUGGCGCAUGGUAUGGGAGCAGCGCAGCUUCACUAUUGUCAUGAUGACGCGCCUGGAGGAGCGGGCGCGCAUCAAGUGUGACCAGUACUGGCCCACCAAGGGCACACAGUCGUACGGGCCCAUCCAUGUGACGCUCACAGACAGUCAGGAGCUGGCCAGCUACGUGGUCCGCACCUUCCAGCUGCAGCGGGCCAACUCGCUGGAGCGGCGCGAGGUGCGCCAGUUCCAGUUUACGGCAUGGCCCGACCACGGCGUGCCCGACCACCCGACGCCGUUCCUGCUGUUCUUGCGCCGCGUCAAGGCGCUGAACCCGGCCGACGCUGGGCCGAUGGUGACGCACUGCUCGGCGGGCGUGGGCCGCACCGGGUGCUUCAUCGCCAUCGACAGCAUGCUGGAGCGCAUCCGCUCCGAGGCCACGGUUGACGUCUACGGUCACGUGACUUGCCUGCGAGCCCAGCGCAACUACAUGGUGCAGACUGAGGACCAGUACAUCUUCAUCCACGACGCGCUGCUGGAGUCGGUGGUGGCCGGCAACACGGAGGUACCGGCGCGCAACCUGCAGGCCUACAUAUCGCAGCUGCUUCAGCCGACCGGACCCGGCGACAACAUCACCGGCAUGGAGCUCGAGUUCAAGAAGCUGGCCAACAUCAAGGCGCAGCCGUUCCGCUUCGUCUCAGCCAACCUGCCGGCCAACAAGUUCAAGAACCGCUUCGUCAACAUCCUGCCGUUCGAGUCGACGCGCGUGUGCCUGCAGCCGCUGCGCGGCGUGGAGGCCAGCGACUACAUAAACGCCAACUUCAUCGAUGGCUACCGCACCCGCAACGCCUAUGUCGCCACGCAGGGACCGCUGGCCGAGACCACCGACGACUUCUGGCGCAUGCUCUGGGAGCACAAUUCCACCAUCAUCGUCAUGCUGACCAAGCUGAAGGAGAUGGGCCGCGACAAGUGUCACCAGUACUGGCCCAGCGACAAGUCGGCCCGGUACCAGUACUGCGUGGUGGAGCCCAUCAGUGACUUCAACAUGAGCAACUGCACAAUGCGGGAGUUCAAGGUGACGGACGCCCGGGACGGCACGCUGCGGACCGUCCGCCAGUUCCAGUACACCGACUGGCCCGAACAGGGUGUGCCCAAGUCUGGCGAAAGCUUCAUCGACUUCAUUGGCCACGUGCACAAGACUAAAGUGCAGUUCGGCCUGGAGGGGCCCAUCACCGUGCACUGCAGUGCCGGUGUGGGUCGGACGGGCGCGUUCAUCGCUCUGAGCAUUGCGCUGGAGCGCAUGCAGUUCGAGGGCGUGGUGGACAUGUUCAACACGGUGCGGAUCCUGCGCACCCAGCGGCCGGCCAUGGUGCAGACCGAGGAUCAGUACCAGUUCGUGUACCGAGCGGCGCUCGAGUACCUCAACUCGUUCGACCACUAUGUGGCCUAAGGCCGCCGCGGCGAGUGAGCGAGCGAGCGAGCGAGGCUGCUGGCCGGCCGGCCGGGCGCCGGCGACGGUGCCGACAUAUCAGGGCGGCGCGGCCGACUGCAGCAAUAUCGCCGCCAAGGCCCACAUUCCCCCCGCCCGGGACCGCCAUAUGUGAUGUGAUACGGCGGUCGGCCGGGCUCGGCCGGCGCGCAUGCGCACAAGGUGUCACCGGCCGCUGUACAUACGCCCGCUGUCAUAGCAACGAGAGGUGACGUGCCGUGCCGUGCCGCGCCGCGCCGCGCCGCGCCGCGGUGUGAUGCGCCGGACGUGUGUAGGAUGUUGUGGCGGCGCGUCCGCUAUAGAUACCGGUGACGCCCGGCUGAUGUAUGUUCACUAACCGCGUCCCCGGCUCCGCUGGCCGAGUCGACAGCCGGAGUGCGGUCCUGACCUCUCUACUGCAUUUUAGGUUAUCUGUACGCUGCAUUUUGGCGGCGAGGCGGCUCGAAGGGAUCUGAUUUGCACAUGGUGUUCGUCUCCCCGUACGUGUUGGGGGCUGGCGGCAGGCGUCGCGGCGACGGUGGCGGCGCCGCCAGGCCCUGCGUGCCGGGGGCCGCUCGUGUGGGCCGUGUGGUCGGGCGCCGCGCGUCCGGCUGCGAGCGGACGCCCGCGUC